CUUCGCAGAUACAUGGUGGUGGCCAAGGCGUCCAUCUACUAUUUGGUGCCACUCUCCAUCAUCGGGGUGCUCUACAUUAUGAUGGCCAAACGACUCCACAUCAGCGCCCGCGACAUGCCCGGCGAGCAGCUGAGCAUCCAGAGCCGCAGUCAGGCGCGCGCUCGCCGCCAUGUUGCCCGCAUGGUGGUGGCCUUUGUGGUCGUGUUCUUCAUUUGCUUCUUUCCAUAUCACGUAUUCGAGCUGUGGUACCACUUCUACCCGACGGCGGAGGACGACUUCGACGACUUCUGGAACGUGGUGCGCAUCGUGGGAUUCUGCACCAGGUAAGCUACUGUAACUGCGGCACUUUUAUCUUCGGUUU